AAUGAAUCUAGGGUUUCAUAGUGAGUGAAACAAUUGCAGCUCUCUAGCGUUCAAUCGUCAGGAAAUAUAAUCCAGUGCUUCAGGUCUUAGUUUGUGCUGCUUUCAAGUUUCAAUCAUCUAUCUUUAUCGAAUGGAUAUGCCAUUCCCUCCCACGUUGUUUUCUAUAUUAUUAUUAUGUAGUGUCACUAUGACCUCUUGACAGACGCCUAAGCCUUAAGCAUAUUGUCUUAGAGAUUGAAUUAAAGAUUAGGAUUGAGGUUUGCGAAAUUUUGCAGGUAUUUCUGAGUUAAACAUGUCUCAUCGUAAGUUUGAACAUCCAAGACAUGGCUCUCUGGGGUUUCUCCCGAGAAAAAGAGCCUCCCGCCACUGAGGAAAAGUUAAAUAUAGCUGUAAGUAGUAAGUAAACUUCAAUUUUUCCUUUGGGCAACUAUACUAAUUAUUAUGGCAUUCUUAUCUGUGUUUCUGACAUGUAUGGGCUAAAUAGUAUUGCUAUUUUUUUUUUCCCAUUGUUUUCUGUUAUGCAGUUUCUUCAUGCCUUUCUUUUUCUAAUGAUUCACUUACCAAGUAGUCUACGCUUAUAUUGCAUCCCUAGAUAAUUGUAGUGAGCUUAUUAUUUUCUGCCUACCCCUUUUCAUUCUGUUAAAUGCUUAUGCUGCAUGGUAUGAUUCCUUUCCAGAUAUAAUCAUAACAGAGUUGAAUUUCCUAUAUAAUCUGCUGCCGUAUUGCUUAAUGAGAAGUUGUUAUAGAGGCAGUUACAUUGUUAUUAUUUAUGGUGCUUUUUUUCUCCCCUGUUGCCACUAUUGUUGUUAAUAUUUAGAAGUAUGCCUUAUUUUUGUUUCUCCUCUGUUCAUCCUUUCAGUGAAGGCAUUUCCCAGAGAUGAUCCCACUAAGCCAUGCAGAUUAACUGCUUUUCUUGGAUAUAAGGCUGGGAUGACCCAUAUCGUUAGAGAAGUUGAGAAACCUGGAUCAAGUUGGUUCUAGUGCUCUAUUCAUCUCUGACUUGGUGCUGCCUGUGACCAGAAACAUUAACUCAAACAAUCAGUCAUCUGAUUAAGUUUUUUCCUUCCAUUUACUUGUUACCUCUUCUACGAAUAAAGAGUUUUUGAUUGUGGAUGAUGCCUGUUGUUCCGAAGCUCCACAAGAAGGAGACUUGUGAAGCAGUUACUGUUAAAGAAACCCCACCCAUGGUAGUUGUUGGAGUCGUUGGAUAUGUCAAAACACCUCGUGGGCUUCAUUCUUUGUGCACUGUUUGGGCUCAGCAUUUUAGUGAAGAGGUUAAGAGGAGGUACUACAAAAACUGGUGCAAGUCCAAGAAGCGGGCUUUCACCAAGUAUUCAAAGAAGUAUGAAACCGAGGAUGGUAAAAGGGAUAUUCAGUUGCAGCUGGAGAAAAUGAAAAAGCACUGUACUGUCAUUCGUGUUUUGGCCCAUACUCACGUAUUGAAAAGUGUUAUUGUUGUACUUGAUCUUAGAUGAUGUUGAUGAGCUAAAUUUACUCUAGCAAAAAGUAUUAGUGAAUUUAAGUAAUAUAAUAAGAAGAAUAAAGCAUGCUUUAUAGA